AUGAACGUGUCGAACGGCCCCAGCAGAAUCUGCACCGAAGAGAAAUCUGACGGUCUGGCUUCUACCGGCCUCAAACUCCACAAGGUGACCCUCAGGAAAGACGCAGAGAGCCACGACUUCGGCUUCAGUGUUUCUGAUGGUCUUUUGGAGAAGGGGGUCUUUGUAAACCUGAUCCGUCCUGAGGGUCCGGCCGAUCAGGGAGGACUGCAGCCCUUCGACCGCAUCCUCCAGGUGAACCGAGUCCGGACCCGGGACCUGGACUGCUGCCUGACGGUCCCUCUCAUCAUGGAGGCGGGGGAGAGCCUGGACCUGGUCAUCAGCAGGACUCCUCUGUCUGCGGGGCACAAUGGGCUGUCUGACUACAACUUCACAAAGUCAUUAAUCCACGUUUCAGAGCCUAGGACCAAAAGCAUCGCUCUCUGA